CUCAUCAUUUCUUUGUCGUUUUAUUUUUUUGUACUGUCAAAAUGUCACACAUAGACGUCAUUACGGAUUUAUCGGACAAAAAAUUAAAAAUCAUCCCCGAACAUGUUCUUCGACGCACCAACACGAAAAUGCUUUAUUUGGAAAGAAACAACAUUGAAGAACUUCCCGCGGACUUCUUUACGUUUCUACCCAAACUGACUUGGCUCGAUCUGAGAAACAAUAAGCUAAAGGCGAUUCCGAAAAGUAUAGCCAAUCAUGAAUGUUUAGAAACACUUCUCCUUCAGGAUAAUCAGAUCCACAGUCUUCCGGACGAACUUGGAUUGCUGCCAAAACUCAAAGUCUUACAGUUAGCUGGAAAUCCCCUGACUUAUCCUUCAGACGACAUUCUUAAAAAAGGCGUUAAGGAGGUGUGCAGAUUUUUAAAAGAAAAAUACAACAGAACUAUUGAAUCACCCCCGGAAGAACCAUCCGCGAUUUUACCAGUUGAAGAAGUAACUUCCAUACAUAGCGUUACUCGUGAAAAGAAGUCUAAGACCAAAAUUAAAAAACCUUCAGGGAAAAAGAUGACUAUUCAAGAACUUCUUCAAGCAUCCUCUCGGACUGCGGUAGCCAUGGGGGGUGUUUGGCCUGUUAUUAGUAUUAAAAGCAUUAAAUGUCCAGGAGAUGAAAUAGCACCUAAAAAGACUGUAGCUGACGUAUUCUUCGUGCCAAAAUCUUCCAACAACAAAAUGGCAGCAAUAAUAAAGAGAAGCCCAAAAAUGUCUUUAAAUAGUGUAAAGCGUAAUUCUCCAACUGACGAUACGAAAACUAUUCAAAGACCCAGUUCUGGUAUAUCCCCAAAACCAAAAAAGUUACCUCCCAGACCAAAAUCUGCUAAACCAAGUUCGAAAAUAUCAACCGCAACCUCACCCAAGCCUUCUCCCAAACCUGUUGAUCAAACAUCUGCUAAUAAACCAUUUUCUCGACAAGAAUCUGAUGACCUUUGCAUAGAAACAUUGGACAACAAUGAACCUAUUAGUUUGGGGAAUCUCAAACGUAAAAAGUUUAUAAAAUCGAAGUCAGAAGGUAGAUCUAGACCUACAACUUCGGAAAGAAAGUUCGAGACUCCACCUAAAUUAGAAUCUGAAUUCAGAGCAGUGAAGUCAGAACAGAAAGAAGGUAUUAGGUUUCUUUCAGAAGAAGCAAUGGAACCUGAAUGUGAAAUUAAAACAACUGAUUACAACGAAUCUUUAACCAAUAAUGCGUAUCAAAAAAAUAGCAGCGUAAGGACAAGAAGACCAGGUUCACCAAAAUCGAGAAUGUCACUACCACCGCAAGUUAAAUCAAAUGCCGAUUUUCCAUUCGACGAUAAACUUAUUACGAUGGACGAAGCAGCGGAUAAUGAAAUGACAUCGUUAUGGUUGCAAAAUCUAAAAGAUGUUCUUAAUCAACAAGAAACCAUUUUACAACAAGAAAGAAAUUUAAAAGAGUUGAGUUCGUGGCGUCUGCGGAAAAAAAUGGAACCAUUGCGAAGUAUGCCACGUAAAAAACUCGAAAAUCCAUACGAUACAGAUCCGGAAUAUGAUCAGAUUAUCUCUCGCAAAGACAUAGGGCGUAAAACGCCAAAAAGACCGAAGAAAACUUCGAAGCCCGCAGAUAUGGAUCUAGAAGAACUCUUAUCAGAAGUUAGUGCCAAAUUAAAAGAAUUUGAGAAACCUUCAAUAUCCCGUGACCCUAAAAGUCCUCAUUCAGAACAAAUUGCUGCCGAAAGGGAAAUAAGAGAGAUAUCCGAAUUACAGAAGAAAAUAUUACAAGCUCGUAAGGCUCACUAAUUCCAGCUCAUCGAUCGAAUAUAUAUUUAUACAACAUCACUUCAAUUAUUAUUUGUUAUCACUCGUGACUUGUGACAGUAUUAAUAAUUGUUUGUCAAUUAAAAUAUUAGAAAAGAAA